AUGGAUUCUGUCAUGAUUUUAACGGCCUUACUCUCCUCCUCCGUCCUAUUCUUAUUUCUAUACUUCAACAUCCGUCGUCCCUCCUCCAGACUGCCGCCGGGGCCGUACCCCUUUCCGGUCAUCGGAAACAUCCUCUCACUAGGCUCAAACCCACACAUUUCACUAGCAUCCCUCUCCAAAAUCCAUGGCCCGGUGAUGUCCCUCAAAUUGGGAAGCUUGACCACUAUUGUGGUGUCAUCGCCGGAAACUGCCCAAAUUAUACUCCAAAAAAAUGACCGGAUAUGUUCCGGCCGACAAGUCUCUGACAUCUCCCAAAUCCUCGAGCACAACAAGCUGUACUCUGUCUUUUUCAUCUCCACGACUACCCAAUGGAGAACCCUUCGUAAAAUCAGCAAAGAACACAUAUUUUCGCAGCCGCAGAUGGAUGCAAAACAGGGCAUGAGGCUAAAAAAGGUGGAAGAACUCAUAGCAUUCGUGCGGCGGAGCAAUGCCGUGAAAAUAGGUGACGCCGCCUUCACAACGACGCUGAAUUUACUAUCUGACAUGUUCUUCUCGAUGAAUUUAGCUCAUUACGACUCGAAUUUUUCUCGGGAGUUCAAGGAUCAUAUCGGUAUUGCGCUGGAAAUCGCGGGGACUCCUAAUUUAUCGGAUUUCUUCCCGAUAUUUAGGUUGGUUGAUGUUCAAGGCUUAAGGCGGCGUUUCAGAUUUCAUUUUACGAGAUUGUUUCGUAUAUUUGAGGAGAUCAUCCAACGUAGGAUAGAAUCGAAGGAGACCAAGAAUGAUCUACUGGAUGUGCUCCUCAAUCUCUCCCACCAGACUGGAUCAACUCUCACCAUCAACGACAUAACCCAUUUCAUUCUAGACUUGUUCUUUGCAGGCACAGACACAACGUCGAGCACAGUAGAAUGGGCGAUGACAGAGUUACUUCGUAAUCCAGAUAAACUAAAGAAAACUCAAACAGAACUUAGAGCAUUUGCAGGCGAUGAAGAACUGAUAAUUAAAGAAUCGGACUUUUCAAAGUUACCUUACAUACAAUCAGUUGUAAAAGAGACGCUAAGAUUGCAUCCUCCGGCUCAUUUCUUGAUUCCUCACAAGGCCGAAGCUGAGUUUGAGAUAGACGUGGACGAGAAGUGUUUGUUUCGGGUUCCGAAAGACGCUCAAAUUUUAGUAAAUGCAUGGGCAAUUGGUCGUGACCAAAAAGUAUGGGAAGAUCCGCUAGUGUUUAUGCCGGAGAGAUUCUUGAAAAGUGAAAUUGACUUUAAAGGUCAAGACUUUAGGUUCAUCCCAUUUGGAUCUGGAAGAAGGAUCUGUCCCGGUAUGGUUUUGGGAGACAAGAUGGUGCAUUUGAUAUUGACCUCUUUGUUGCUCCCUUUUGAUUGGAAACUUGAAAAGGGAACUAAUCAUCAAGAUAUUGAUUUGAAUGAGAAAUUUGGCCUUACAUUGAAAAAGGCUAUACCUCUCGAGGCUAUUCCCAUUCCCAUUAAAUCUUGAUCAUGAUCAUCAUGAACAU